CGGGUUGCUUGUCGUGGAAGGUUCGUUGCGCGCGCGGAAAAACUGAAAAUCUCGGAAAAGCGUUACGCUACACAAUAAGGCGAGUGCAUUUCCUCGACCUGCGAAACGCCGGUGGCUAAGGUUGCCAAGAAGCUUCGCAUUUAAAUCUAUUUUCGCCGACAUAAAUGCAAAAUACAAAAUAAAAACAAAACGCAAUCGCAAUCGCUGGCAAAUCAAUUGCUUAAGGAAUUGAGUACUAUUCGGUGUUAUGUCAUGGAAAUUCUCUGAGCGAUUUUCUUGACUAAGUUUCGAAAAUAUUCUUGUGAAAUUUAGGUGACCUUUGAAAACUAAGGAAAAUAGAAAUACAAGUGCUAAUCAUAUUUUGCACAAUCCGCCCUCUCUACACCACCUCCAAUUUUAUUGCUCACGCGUGUUUUUGGGGCCUUUUGUUUUGUGCGCUCAUAUUUGUAUUCGUAUUUGUAUUUGUGACCGUGUGCCUCAGUGUGUGUGCGUGUUAGCCGGCAAGUGCAUUUGUGUGUGUUGCCGCGAACAGCUGUUCCCCAGACGACAGCAUGCAGAAGUAAAUACGAAUAAAAAUAUACGUAGUAAAGUGGUGCAAAUAAAUUGAACCCGGAUCCGGGCCAAAGAGGAAUCACAGGCGAAUCAAAUUUAGCCGCAUCAUCCGCACAGAAGUAAUCCAUCAAGCAUCAAAAUGGCGGCCAGGAGCAUCCGGCUGGCGCAGCUUUUGCUAUUCACCCUGCUCUGCGGCCUCGUCGGCCUGUCAGCCGCCAAGCACCUGGACCUGGAUGGCCCCCACCACCACCAGCACCACCAGCACAGCGCCACCACGCACCACCGGCGGCGCCUGCAGCGGGACUCCCGGGCGAAGGACGCGGCGGGCGGAGCGGUCCAUCAGUGCGAGGCAGUCAAGAGCUACUUCGAAUCGAUCGACAUCAAGUUGAGCGGGACCUACAGGGAAAAAGGCGCCAUUUGCGGAGGAAGCUGCUGCAAUAAUGCCACGGAACUGGAGCUGCGUGACAAAGCCGCCGGAAAAUUCGAGGAGCUGCUGCACCAUCAUACCAUCAGUCUGCGUGGAAUCCUCGAGAAGAACGCCAACCAGUUCCAGAGUCACGUCCUGGAAUUGGCGCAGAUUUCGGAGAACAAGACCCACUCCCUGUUCUCGAAGGUCUACUCCCGCAUGGUUCCGCCCUCACGGAUGAUUAUCCAUCAAUUGUACAACGAAAUCAUGAACCAUCUUAAUUACGCCUCGAACUACACAAAUAGCAAUGGGCAGGUGAGCAGGCGGGGAUUGGGAAGUGUCCAGAGCAACCUGGAGGAGGCUGUGAGGAGCUUCUUUGUCCAGCUCUUCCCCGUGGCCUACCACCAAGUGGUGCAUCUCUCGAAGGAGCAGUAUGGGGACCUGCACGAGGACUAUGUCAACUGCCUGCAGCACAACUUCGACGAACUGCAUCCCUUCGGGGACACUCCCCGCCAGCUGCAGGACAGCCUUGGCAGGGGUGUCUACAUGUCCAAUGUCUUCAUGAACGCCCUGCUCCAGGCCGCCGAGGUCCUCAGCGAGGCCGAUGCCCUCUAUGGCAAGCAGUUGACGGACACGUGCAAGGUGCAGCUCCUCAAGAUGCACUACUGCCCCCACUGCACCGGCCACCACGCGAAGACCGAGACCAUCUUGUGCGACGGCUACUGCAAGAACGUGAUGCGCGGUUGCUCGGCGGAGUACGCUGGUCUGCUGGACGGUCCCUGGUCGAGUGUGGUGGAUGCCCUCAACAACCUGGUGACCACCCAUCUCCUCUCGGACAGCGGCAUCAUCAACGUCAUCAAGCGCCUGCAGACUUAUUUCUCUGAAGCAAUUAUGGCCGCCAUGAACAAUGGCCCCGAUUUGGAGCAGAAGGUGAAGAAGACCUGCGGCACGCCCAGCCUGACGCCCUAUUCGACCGGAGAUGCUGAAGCACGGCCUCCGACCCACAAGAACAUCAAGUGGGCCACCGACCCGGAUCCCGACAUGGUCAUCUUCCUCUCCACCAUCGACAAGAGCAAGGAGUUCUACACGACCAUCGUGGACAACUUCUGUGACGAGCAGCACUCUCACGAGGAUCGCUCCUGCUGGACAGGCGACCGCUUCGGGGACUACACCCAACUGCUGAUUAACCCGGGAACCGAUAGACAGCGAUAUAAUCCCGAGGUGCCCUUCAACUCGAAUACUCAGGCCAGUCAGCUGAACGAGCUGGUCGACAAGCUCAUCAAGAUCCGCAAAAACAUUGGAGCUGCGGCACCUUCCAACAGUAUACAGGCGUCGCACGACAUCCAGAAUGAUAUGGCAGAGGGCUCCGGCGGCGGAGAAGGCCAGAUCGGCGACGACGAGGAGGAGUACGGAGGCGCACAUGGCUCCGGAGAUGGUUCCGGCGAUGGAUCCCACACACCCAUCGAGGACACCGAAGGCACCACGACCAACGAAGUGGAGUCGCGCGACAGCGGCAAGACCAGUGGGUCCAACCCACUGGAAGCCACCGCGACGUGGAUGCUCCUCACUCUAGUCACAAUGCUCUUCAGUAGUUGUAGUUAAGGAUGCUGCCCCACCCGAGGGAGCGAACACAAAACAAAAAUGUGCCCCAUUGCGGGGGCAAGAAAGAAUUGGAUGGUACCACAACAAGAGCAACAGCAAAUGCACAAGAAUCGAGUUAAAUCAUUAAUUAAUAACUAUUAUCAUUAUUAUUAUUAUUAUUUGUGUAAUUCUUAAGUUGUUACAAGUAAUUUAUUAGGCCCUAAGCGCAUUCAUCUAGCAAUCGACUAACAAUCUACACACCAGAAGCGAAACUUGAAACUUGAAACUGGAAACCCUUGAAGCGCACCUCUCUCCUUCUAGCUUUUCCAAAUUUAGAGCUCAUCGAAUUUCCAUGCCGAAUCCAACUAGACUUGUGUGCCAUAUAAACGUGUUGGAGGUUUGCAUACGAAUCGAGCAAUUGCUAAACAUAAACUAUACGAAAAUUAAACAAAAUAGGCUCAAACUCAAGCAUAAACCCUUUCCAUAGAGUGUGCAGUUUGUUCGGAUACAUGUUAAUACUUAUACAUAGCGUACGGUACAGUAAAGCUCAAUGUUCAAAGCAAGUUGUUCCUUUUUCGGUGUAAUUAAGCAAGUAAACAGCAGCAGGAAACCAGAGGCGUGGCACCACUUUCAAUGGCUAGUUCUUGGACCGAUCACAAAACAAAUAUUAUACGUAAAGGAUAUAAAUCUGUUAGCUGUAGCCUCAGUGAAUGUUAAACUUAAACGAAAUUAUUGUUGUCUACACCUUUCGAACUGAAAUUGAUCAAUUGGGUAAUCGACGCGAGAUGCAUACGAAUGGAAUUUAGUUGAGUAAACGCACUUUACGGAAAAACUAGAAGACUUACAGCUUUAUACGCAAAUGAAAAAUCGAAAAAAAAAACAGAAAACAGAAAACGAAACGGAAAUCGAUGAAAAUCUAUUGAUAUAUACGUAUAUUAUGUGUAGCAUUAUUUAAAUUAUAUGAACAAAGAGGGAGGACCUUGGGGAAAUGUCAUAAAAUGCAUUCAGCUAAUUAGAGUUUACAGAGCACUUGGAGUUCUGGGAGAAAGUGCAGAAAAUGCAGAGUUCAGCGCACAAUUUGCAUAUUCGCAAUCUGCAAUUUCAAUCGAAACUAUUGUUGCAAUCUAACGGAUACUUUACAGUGGGGCAGAGCGCUGCUGAAUCAAAUCCAGAGAGCAGCGCUGGCGACACUCUAAAAAACAAAUAAAUAUAUAUAUAUACAAAUGAAUAUGAAAUAUGCAUUAAUACGAGUACGACGCCAGCGAUAAGAAUGAAGUCUAUAUAUAUAAAUAAAUAUAUAUAUAUAUAUAUACACAUAAAUGAAUUAACUAAUUAAAUCGUAAUUAUAUGCUAGUGCGUAAACUGUAACGAUUAGCCCGUAACGUGUAAAAAGCAAACAGUUGACCGAUAACAACAAAUUUAGUUAGUAGCAAAUUAACAAAUGAUAAAUGCCAACUGCCGCCGCAAACAUCAAAUUGGCAUAUUAUAUCGCAUAUACACUUCGAUCCGAUCGAGAUCCGAUUAGAUCGCUGGUGUGCGGACGCGCUGGUUGAACUAUGUAUAAUUAUUAUUUGUAUCAUUAUUAUUUAACUAUUGCAUGUGAUUAAUAAUAUUUAAGUUAAACGUAAACGCAACAUAUUAAAUUGUAACUUAUGUAUACCGCAAAAGCAGCCGCAAUGUGCGAGCGAAAAUCAUCGUUGUAAAUCUAUUCGGAGAUAACCAAUGCGAAACGAAAAUUGCACUAAAAAUAAAUGUACUACUUUUAGAUGCCUAAAAACCAAUAAAUAAUUAUGUAACAAGAAA